AUGGGCAGGGCUUUGACAGGGAAUAUGCCCGACGAUUCUUCAGAGGAGGACUUUAAGCCGUUUACAGCGAGUGUAAGCACGUUUGCAAGACGGAAGUCUGGGAGUCGGACGGGCAUCGAGCAGGACGUUGUAAAUGGAAAGACCGAAGAAAUUUGUGGAAAGAAGAUUCCCCACUGGAGAGGUGGACGAGGAGUUGGUGGAGGCUGGGACUGCGUACAGAAUGGUGAUUGCUCGUUUUUGAGCGGGGGAGAAGAGAGGGGCUGGCAUUUUAAUGGCGAGGAAGACUUCCUUUCGAUGCCUACUCCGCUUGUUGCUAGCGCACCCAGUGGUGCGGCAAGCGAUGCCGGCUCUGCGGGUUCUUCCUCUGCAAAGCUUUAG